AUGCGUAUCUCUGCGUUUCUUCUCACCUCCCUCCUCCCCAUCUGUCUUGGGGCGGCAACAUUUUCCCCGCAGACCCAGCCCGAUCCCUACGAAGCCAUCCACCAGAGGGAGUCGAUUCUUGCCGAAACUCUGGACACCAAGGACUGGGACCGGCUCGACGAGUCAAUGACACAAGACGUCGUCUACGACAGCAGGCCUCUGGGUCCGGCCUACGGCGGGCUCUCUGUCGGCCUCGAGGAAGUCAUCGAGAACACCAGGAACGCGUUCGGAGAUGCGUUGGUUGCACACCACGUCUCCAAUGCAAUCAUCAGACUGAACCAUGACGCAUCCAAGGCCAAUGUCACCACCUAUAUCGUCUGGUCUCGCUGGGAACCGAAUGCGCUCCACGAUGCGAAGAAGACGUUUCGGAUAUACGAGAGGUGUGACGACGAAUUUGUGGUAGAUGAGGGGAAGUGGAAAUUGAAGUACAGCCUGGUCACGAACCUGGCCCCCAAGGUCGAGAACCCUUACUUCAACAAUGGACAGGGUGUGUAUUAG